AAGUUUACGUAUGCUUCCCCGUUGAAUUCGUCUGCAUGUUUCGUACACACCCUGAUUCGUUGGAUUUGUCACAUUAGUUCCCAUUUGUCUGUGUGCCUCUUCUCUUCUCAGUCAAAGGCAGAUAGGCGAUGCUUCUUAUGCAAUAGUGCCUCUGCUCUCUCUCUCUCUCUCGAUCUCUCUAUAUAUAUAUUUUCUCAUGUAGACCGUUUCAUAUGAUCACCAAAGAGUUCGUUAAUUGCCAUGGAAAAGCACUACUUCUUUCUCUAUCUUUCUCUCUUGCUUGGUUUCCCCUUGCUGCAUGGAUACUCUGCCUAUGCUAAAGGAACCGCUGAUGGGUCCGAGCAAUGGGGAUAUGUUGAAGUUCGACCCAAGGCUCACAUGUUCUGGUGGCUUUAUAGAAGUCCACAUAGAGUUGAGGAUCCAUCCACUCCAUGGCCAACACUUCUCUGGCUCCAAGGAGGCCCUGGUGGCUCUGGAGUUGCAUUCGGAAAUUUCUUAGAAAUUGGUCCACUGGACGGGAAUUUGAAGCCCCGGAAAUCAACUUGGCUCCUAAAAGCAGAUCUCUUAUUUGUGGAUAGCCCAGUGGCAACAGGCUUUAGUUAUGUGGAGAAUAAGUCUUUGGUGGUUAAGACUGACAAAGAGGCAGCAACAGAUUUAACUACCCUGUUGAAGAAGCUCUUUAAUGGAAAUGAAAACCUCCAAAAAAGUCCCUUGUACAUUUUUGCCGAAUCAUAUGGUGGAAAAUUUGCUGUCACUCUAGCAGUAUCAGCUCUAAAAGCAAUUGAGGCAGGAAAAUUGAAGCUACAACUUGGAGGGGUUGCAUUGGGAGAUAGCUGGAUUUCUCCUGAAGAUUUUGUGUUCUCAUGGGGAUCUCUUCUGAAAGACCUGUCACGAAUUGACGGCAGAACAUUGAACAGCUCAAACAGUUUAGCUCUAAAGAUUCAGCAGCAGCUGGCAGAAGGUAACUAUAAAAAUGCAACAUCAACACUGAAUCAGCUCGAGGACUUUAUUCUAAAUCACAGUAACAACGUGGAUUUCUAUAACUUCCUGCUGGACUCUCGCAAUGACCCUGUUGUUGGGAGAAGGGGAUCCAACGGAAAAGCACCGAUAGACAAGUACUCGGGAUAUCUAUCCACCAAAAAACAUUCACCAGCUACAGAACGUGAUCUUCCUAGCUUGAUGAAUGGGCGAAUUAAAAAGAAGCUAAAGAUCAUUCCCAAGAACGUAAAAUGGGGUGGACAGUCCCGCUUGGUUUUUCCAGCCAUGACUGGUGAUUACAUGAAACCCAGAAUCAAAGAGGUUGACUAUCUCCUAGCCAAAGGCAUAAAAGUGACCAUUUACAAUGGACAGCUUGAUCUCAUAUGCUCAACCAAAGGAGCAGAAGCAUGGGUCGACAAGCUCAAGUGGGAUGGCUUGAGAAAUUUUUUGAACUUGGAACGCACUCCUUUAUAUUGUGGAAGAGAUAAUACAACUACAAAAGGGUUUGUAAAGUCUUACAAAAACCUGGUUUUCUACUGGAUUCUUGGGGCUGGCCACUUUGUUCCAGUUGAUCAGCCUUGUGUUUCGCUAGAGAUGGUGGCCACGAUCACUAGGUCUCCGAAUCAUUCUUAAGAAUACAAUAAUGGCAGAAAUAUGGGAAGGGAAGAGGAAGAAGAAGAUUGCUUUGUCAAGCAGCAACCAUGAAGCUGUAAUUUUUGAAAUGUUUAUCUCUUCCUAAAGAAAAUUAAAUUAUUUUUUGAUUGUAACAGAUGAGCUGGUGGUUUGAAGUUGACCAACUCUUUUUUUCACUAUUAUAUGAAGGAAGGUUCCAUGAAGAAGCAAUUUGUCAAA